GACUUGUCUCCCGCGUCAACGAGCAAACCGAGCAAACCGCCUCACGAGCGCGUCAAGCUGAAUAUAACGCUAAACAUAACUCAACUGGGCCUUCAAAAUAAAAGCAUCUCACUCAAACCGCUCAUCGCAACACAUGCAACGACGGCUGUGGGGAUUGUUUUACUUUGAAAUCCAGCACCGGAAGUGUGUUUGUUUUUAGCUUUAGCUUGCCCCCCCGUGUGGAUCAGCUGGCUGCUUUUAGUUUAGCAGCUUCAGUUAGCUCAGUGUAACGUUUAGUGUGUUUCCCCGGUAACUCUCGGUUUUAAACUGACAGUUAGAUAAAAAUAAAAAUAACGGAGCGGCUCGCGCUCGCUGACCCGCCGCUUUCCCGCGUUUUUCCGACAGCUGACAGCUCGGAGCAUCCUGCUAGCCGAGCAGCUAAACUAGCCUCAGACAGACACAGUGAAGAAGAAGUGACCAGCUGCUUUCUGACUGACUGACCAGCUGCUUUCUACCUGUUUUUAUCAGCUGUUUAAAACACCCGUGUCGUCACCCGUGCGCGGGAUUCGAACCUGUGCCAGCAGGUGAAUGCCAGCAGGUGAAGAAGUCAGACGACGUCAUCGACCAUGGCAGGUGGAAUCACAGAGACCGGGGAGCCCUACUCUGCAUUUGUGGGGCUGGUGUACAUGUUCAAUCUGAUCGUGGGAACAGGAGCCUUGACGAUGCCCAGAGCCUUCGCUACAGCCGGCUGGGUGGUCAGCUUAUCGCUCAUCUCCUUUUUAGGAUUCAUGAGCUACAUGACCACCACGUUCGUGAUCGAGGCGAUGGCGGCGGCCAACGCUCAGCUGCGAUGGAAGAGGCGAGAGCAGGAAGAGGUCGACGACAGCGACUCCACCUCCGACUACUCGGAUGAUGACGUCACGAACCGAGGUCGAUCAGCGCCGGAGACGAAGCCCAUCUUAUCUGUCCAGAGAUCGGGAGGUCACGUCGAUCACUUCGACAUCGCGGAGCGGGUGGAGAUGGGUCAAAUGGCCUCCAUGUUCUUCAACAAAGUCGGCGUCAAUAUGUUCUACAUCUGCAUCAUCGUUUAUCUGUACGGAGACCUGGCCAUCUACGCGGCGGCUGUCCCUAUAUCGCUGAUGGAAGUUGCCUGUGGAAACCACUCCUGCAGCGCCGGAAGUGUCACGUACAACGACACCGACCCGUGCUGGGGUUCCGUCACGAGGAAAGACGCGUACCGGGUGUUUCUGAGCGUCUUCACUCUUCUGUUGGGUCCUUUCACCUUCUUCAAUGCCCAGAAGACCAAAUAUCUUCAAAUCCUCACCUCACUCAUGCGCUGGAUCGCGUUCACCAUGAUGAUCAUCUUGGCUCUUAUCCGCAUCGGUAAAAGCUCCGGCGAGGGCCACCCACCAGUCGCCUCCUUAUCUGGGGUGCCCAACCUGUUUGGGGUGUGCGUCUACUCCUUCAUGUGUCAACACUCCCUGCCCUCCCUGGUGACGCCCAUCUCCGACAAGAAACGCGUCGGCACCCUGGUGUUUCUCGAUUACGUCCUGAUCCUGGGCUUCUACGUCCUCCUCUCGUUCACCGCCAUCUUCUGCUUCAAGAGCUCGCUGCUGCACGACAUGUACACCCUGAACUUCACGGACAACUGCAACGUGUUGAAUAUUCCAUUCCUGCGCUACUUCCUGGGCCUGUUUCCAGUUUUCACCAUCAGCACCAACUUCCCCAUCAUUGCCGUCACGCUUCGGAACAACUGGAAGACCCUGUUCCACCGGGAUGGCGGCACCUACCCAUGGGUGGUGGACCGUGUCGUGUUUCCCCUCAUUACCCUGGUGCCCCCGAUCGUGGUGGCCUUCUGCACCCACAACUUGGAGUCCCUUGUGGGCAUUACAGGAUCCUAUGCUGGCACAGGGAUCCAGUACAUUGUCCCCGCCUGUCUUGUGUAUUACUCAAGACGCCAUCUGGAGCCGGUGGUGGGCAGGGAUGCUGUCAACAAGCACCAGUCACCCUUCCGCCACGCCUUCUGGGUGUGGUUUGUUUGGUUGUGGGCCGCCUUCUGCCUCAUGUUUGUCACAGCCAACAUCAUCCUAACUGACACCAAGAAAUGAGAACUCACUGUUGCAAGAACAAAAAAAAACAAAAAAAAUCUUUAUCUGUUUGGCCAGUCUCUUCGUUCCUGUACACGAGGCCUUACUUGCUGCUGGUUGGACAGUGUGCCUUUUUAUGGGACUUUUUUGUUGCAUAAAUUAAAUGUAAUAUAUCAAAUUUGAUAAAAGGGACCAAAUGUCAGAGUGUGUUUUUGUUCCAUCACAAAAGCUGGAGCAGUGCAUGAAAACAAAGAAAGGGAAAUUGUAAACGGUCAUUUAUUAAACGGAUGUUUUGUCAACAACAAA